CGGGGUCUGAGGAGAGAGAGAGAGAGAGAGAGCGAGAGGCGGGGAGAUUGAUAGAGAGAGAGAGAGAGAGAGAGAGAGAGAGAGAGAGAGAGAGAGAGAGAGAGAGAGAGAGAGAGAGAGAGAGAGAGAGAUUGAGAGGGAGAGAGAGAGAGACAGCGAGAGAGAGAGGGAGAGAGAGACAAGAAGAACAGACGGACGGACAGACAGCACCGGGGAGGAUGGGCAGGCAGAGCCGUCGGUAGCGCUCUGUUUUCAGAGACGCAGCUCCAGGAUGAGUGUAGCGCUGCAGGACCUUCGGAACACUAUGUCCAGCUAUAAGCGAGCUACAUUUGACGAGGACGAUGUGUCGGACACUCCAGCUGAGGCCUCGUCUCCUGACAGAGUGGAGGUGGGUUUCAGGAAGACAGGCGUGGACGUCCUCAGCAGGAGGACACAGCUGGAGCUUCUUCUCUCUCUGCUCUUAUUGGCUGCUCUUCUUGCUCUGAUUGUAUGUUUGCUGCUGCUCGGCCUCGGAAUCAGCUCAGACAGUGGGCGUGGCCUCUGCCUGUCGGAGGUGUGCGUCACAGUAGCCAGUCAGAUCGUGGAGGCGAUGGACCGCGGUGUGGACCCCUGUCAAGACUUCUACCAGUUCUCCUGCGGAGGUUGGAUGAGGAAGAACCCGCUGCCGGACGGACGCUCGCGCUGGUCGACCUUCAACAGCAUCACGGAGCAGAACCAGGCGCUGCUCAAACACCUGCUGGAGAACGGGACGUUUAACGGCAGCAGCGAGGCGGAGAGGAAGACUCAGUCCUACUACUUGUCUUGUCUCAACACCGUGAGGAUCGAGGACCUCGGAGCUCAGCCUCUCAUCGACCUCAUCGCCAAGAUCGGGGGCUGGAACAUGACGGGUCCCUGGGAGAAGGAGAACUUCAUGGAGGUCCUGAAGGUGGUCUCUGGUCCAUACAGAGCUCUGCCUUUCUUCAGCGUUGGAGUCGGCGCCGAUCCCAAGAACUCCAACAGCAACGUCAUCCAAGUCGACCAAUCAGGGCUUUCUCUUCCAUCCAGGGACUAUUACCUCAACAAGACGGCCAAUGAGAAGGUGCUGGUGGCGUACCUGGAGUACAUGGUGGAGCUGGGGGUACUGCUGGGUGGGGAGAGGAGCUCCACCCACAUUCAGAUGCAGCAGAUUCUGGACUUUGAGACGGCGCUCGCCAACAUCACCGUCCCACAGGACCAGAAACGAGACGACGAGAAGAUGUACCACAAGGUGACCAUUGCGGAACUACAGGUCCUGGCGCCGGCGGUGGAUUGGUUGGACUUCCUGUCCUCCGCUCUGUCCCCUCUGGAGCUGAACGACACUGAGCCGGUCGUCCUGAACACCAGAGAGUUCGUCCAGCAGGUGUCCGAGCUCAUCAACAAGACUGACCGCAGCGUGUUGAAUAAUUACAUGAUGUGGACGCUGGUUCAGAAGAGCGUGGCCAGUCUGGAUCAGCGCUUCGAGAACGCUCAGGACAAACUGCUGGAGAGUCUCUAUGGAACCAAGAAGUCCUGCACCCCCCGCUGGCAGACCUGUAUUGCGUACACUGACGAUAAUCUGGGCUUCGCAUUGGGAGCGCUCUUUGUUAAGGCGACGUUCGACAAACACAGCAAAGAGAUCGCUGAGGAGAUGAUCAACGAGAUACGAUCAGCCUUCAAAGACGCUCUGGACCGACUCAUCUGGAUGGACGACCAGACCAGACAGGCUGCAAAGGAAAAGGCAGAUGCGAUCUACGAUAUGAUCGGAUUCCCAGAAUUUAUCUUGGACCCAAAAGAGCUGGAUGACGUUUAUGAUGGGUACGAGGUGUCAGACGACAGCUUCUUCCAGAACAUGUUGAACUUCAACAACUUCUCAGCUCGAGUGAUGGCCGACCAGCUGAGGAAGACUCCCAACAAGGACCAGUGGAGUAUGACUCCUCCCACAGUGAAUGCCUACUACAUGUCCACUAAGAACGGCAUCGUCUUCCCUGCUGGGAUCCUACAAGCUCCUUUCUACGCCCACGACCACCCCAAGGCACUGAACUUUGGAGGAAUCGGGGUGGUGAUGGGUCACGAGCUCACUCACGCCUUCGACGAUCAGGGUCGCGAGUACAAUAAAGAAGGCAACUUGAGGCCGUGGUGGCAGAACUCGUCUGUGGAGGCGUUUCGUCAGAGGACGGAGUGCAUGGUGGAUCAGUACAGUCGCUACACCGUCAACGGAGAACACGUCAAUGGAAAACAGACGCUGGGAGAAAACAUCGCUGACAACGGAGGCCUGAAGGCUGCGUACCAUGCCUAUCAGUCGUGGGUCCUGAGAAACGGAGAAGAAAAAAGACUUCCUGCCGUCAACCUGACCAAUGACCAGCUCUUCUUUGUGGGAUUUGCUCAGGUGUGGUGCUCAGUUCGGACACCAGAGAGCGCUCACGAGGGCCUGGUGACUGACACCCACAGCCCCCCCAGAUACAGAGUCAUCGGGACGCUCGCCAACUCCCCGGACUUCAGCCACCACUUCAGCUGUCCCACCGGGACGCCCAUGAACCCCGGGACGCGCUGUGAGGUCUGGUAGACAGACUGAGGGGUGGGGGGGGGGAGGGGGGUACCUGAGUUGAUCACCUGAUCACCUGAGUUGAUCAGGUGAUCAUUAGAUCAUUAGGAGCGUUCCAGGUGUUAACUUCAGUUUCAUACAAAUAUUAGAAAACUGUUUAUUAGACGAUCAGACGGACUUCCUGUCUGGAAGAUAAACGACUCAGUGGACUUCACAUAAAGAGACACAGAGGACUGAUGAAGAUGAUGAAGAUGAAGGUCGACAAGGUUUCUGCUUCAUCACCAUUAUUAUUAUUAUUAAUGGGCUUUGGUUUGUGUGUGUGAGUGUGUUGUCGUAUGAAAGGUCUUUGUGAUUCUCUCUGUCGCUCUCUGAUGACAUCACUGUUACAUCACAACUCAUCGAUCCACAAACUCGUGUCUCAGCCAGAAACUUGAUUUGAAACUUUAAGGUGUAAAAAAUUAAAAACCUCAGGUGAGUCGAGAGUAACAGAAACAUGAUCCAGGUGUGAUCCAGGUGUGAUCGAGGUGUGAGACAGGUGUGAUACAGGUGUGACACAGGUGUGAGACAGGUAUGACACAGGUGUGAGACAGGUGUGAUACAGGUGUGACACAGGUGUGAGACAGGUGUGACACAGGUGUGACACAGGAGUGAUCUAGGAGUGAUCCAGGAGUGAUCCAGGUGUGACAUAUGUGUGACACAGGUGUGACACAGGUGUGACACAGGUGUGAUCCAGGUGUGAUCCAGGUGUGAUCCAGGUGUGACACAGGUGUGAUCCAGGUGUGAUCCAGGUGUGAUCCAGGUGUGACACAGGUGUGAUCCAGGUGUGAUCCAGAUGUGACACAGGUUUGAUUCAGGUGUGAUCCAGAUGUGACACAGGUGUGACACAGGUGUGAUCCAGGUGUGAUCCAGGUGUGACACAGGUGUGAUCCAGGUGUGAUCCAGGUGUGACACAGGUGUGACACAGAUGUGACACAGAUGUGACACAGGUGUGAUCCAGGUGUGAUCCAGAUGUGACACAGGUGUGACACAGGUGUGAUCCAGGUGUGAUCCAGGUGUGACACAGGUGAUAUCCAGCGACGUGAAACAGUCAAAGUGAAACGCUGGUUUAGCAGCGGAGGUCACAGCCUGGAAACACGUAAACAAGCGCAUUAGCAUGUUGAGCUACGGACGCUGAUGUGUUGUGUGUCUUAAGGAGACAUGUCUCACACUGAACGUUUCUGUUACUCACACAAUCAUCUGACGACAUCGAAAAGUACUCAACACUAAAAAUCACCAAUCAUUUACCAAACAUCUUCAAAAUAUUAGUUUGGCUUAUGAAAUCGUUUCAGCUCCAAAUUAAAAUGUUUCAGCUUUUUUAAUAUACAUAGUGUUUUCUUUAUAUAUUGUAGGGUUGAAAUAUAAUAAUAUUUUACUGUACACUUUAUACAGGUAAUGCUAAAUCUACAGCUGGAUCUUGAAAUCAAUGAAUGUUUUGUGGUUGAUUAAAGGUUUGAGGUUAAGGACGAUGUUAAUCGUCGUAAAAAUCAAAAUCUCACAGUUAUUUUUGCCUUUAAUUCCAAUGAGAUCAUUAAAAAGUUGCAGUAUUUUAGAUUUUCAUGUUAGGUGAUGUCUGAAUGUCUUAUAUGCUAGUGUUGUCAUGGUAACCAGCAAUUAUUGUGUUUGUGCCAACAAUAGUGAGGAACAGGAAACAGCCUUAACAUUUUACACCAGGACGUGAAUUUGGAAAAGUUGCCUUAAAAAUAUAAGAAAACGCCUUAAAAAAUGAGGAGAAAUCAGCAGCUGAUGUGACCUGUGGCCAUGAAAGUCAAAUCAAGUCAGGAUCAUUUUACAGUGUAACCUCAGAGUUUUGACCGCGUGAUGUCAGAGCGAGCGUCCAGCGUGAGGCGCUCAGGUCGACCUGAGUCACACCUUGUUCACCAAAACAGUGAAACUUCAUUUUAUUCAUACGUUUGAGGCUGGAAGUAAAAAUAAUUAGUUUUAUUUCUUUAUCUGAAGUCAUGUGCCUCGUCUGUCACGUGAUCAGAACCACAACAGGAAACAGCAGAACCUGUAAAAAACACAAUUAUUCACUGAAGGAAAAGUGAAACAUCUGUUUAAAGUCCCUAAGCCUUCGGGAGCCAUGAUCCUUUAGUGUUGUUGUUCACUGCAAGUACCUGACUGUGACAGCAGUCGGAGCUAUUAGCCUGCUCACCUGAAUCUCUCCCACUGACACAAACUGAUUAUUCAGAUAUGGAGGGGUGUGUGUGUGUUUUGUUUUUUGUUUACUAGAAGAUGAAGCUGCUUCCUGCCAAAGAUGUGUGUGUGUGUUUUACGUUGUGAGGUCAGAGGUCACAUGUUGAGUUUCUCUCUGUGUGGACGACACCAUCAAACCCGACAUGAAACGUCCCAGAACAGAACAACGACGCAGACCUGAGAUCUGUCUAUUUGGUGGUGUUUGUCGGUGGAGUUGCAGAACAACGCAGACACACAGCAGAAUCUACUCUGGUUAUUGGACCGAGGUCAAAGGUCAAGGGCCUGACACAGUUUCAUGUAAUAUGUUUGAGUGUGUGUGUGUGUGUGUGUGUGUGUGUGUGUGUGCGCUUCAGGGGUCAAAGUUGUAUAGUAACGUAUGUGUAUAGUAGUCGACUGUAGAUCUGAUGUAGAUUAAACUCAGCUUCGUCUCCAUCUCUGUCCUUUGGGAGACGGCAUCGCUCUGCUUGUCCAAUCAGAGAGCAGCUGUUGUCGGAGGCAGAUGUUUCCCAGAUGUUUACGGACGCUGCAGAAACAUGAGAAACAUUAAAGAGAAGUGAUUCACAACAUCUGCUUGUAUCUGUUGUCUGCUGCCCUUCAAAAUAAAAUAUAUUUCGUCUGCUGCCAUUCAAAGAAAGGUUUUGUCAUCUGCUGCCUUUCAAAAUAAAAGAUUUGUAGUCUACUGCCCUACAAAAUAAAGGUUCUAUCAACUGCUGCCCUUCAAAUCUUCUGCUGCUCUUCAAAACAAGAGAUCUUCCUUCUGAUGCCCUUCAGAAUAAAGGAUCUUUUGUCUGCUGCCCUCCAAGUUAAAAGUUAUUUAAUUUGCAUCCCCUUCAAAGUAAGAAAUCUGUCAUCUGCUGCUCUUCAAAAUAUGAGAUCUUCCUUCAAAAUAAAAGAUCUGUUUUCUACUAUCCUUUAAAAUAAAAGAUAUGUUGACUGCUUACAUUCAAAAUUCAACUUCUGUCCUCUGCAUCCUGCAAAAUAAAAGAUUUGUGGUCUUCUGCUCAUCAAAAUAGAAGCUCUGCCGUCAACUCCCCUUCAAAACAUAAGAUUAGUAGUCUGCUUCCUUUCAAAAUAAGAGUUCUGUCCUCUUCUGCCCUUUAAAAAUGUAAAUGUCUGUAGUCUGCUGCCUUUCAAAAUAAAAGAUCCGUACUCACACA